AUGAAUUUCUGCAAACGAAAAGAAAGCUGUUACACCCCAGCGAGGAAUGAAGGUUCCACCAGAGGCUCAGCAGGAGAUGAUAUCUGGUUACCUGCUGAAGACACUCUGGAGAAUAACCAAGGCUCCAUUGAGAGAGGAGAGGAUUUUGAGAUGUUACCUGCUGAAGACUCGUCUGCAAUGAAAUUAUUGGAAUGGUGCCAGAAUCAGUUGAGGGCGUUUUACAAAACCAUAUGUCAAGUGAAAAUAACACCAUGGGACCCAGACAACACGGAGAGCCAACUUGAAGGUACUGUUAUAGAAAUAAGUAUUCACAUGACUAUAGUGUACAUGUAUGGUGAGAUCGUUUAUUUUCUUCAUAAGUCUGUCCAGGAGUUUCUCGCCGCCAGGUUCGUUGUCGAAGAACUGACCGUGAAGAAGAAUGGAACUGUCACCUGCCUGUCAGGAAUGGAUACGUUUGAGAAAUCAAGGAAGAUGGCUGAAGUGCUAAAAUUCGCAUGUGAGUUGUCAUUAAAAGCUGCCGGGAUUCUUUUUGAUCAUCUACACGACGUUGGAGAGAAAGAAGGUCUCACAAGUUACCAGUUCACUAAGGCACCUUCUAAUUAUGAUUUGUCUUUAGAACAACAACGGUUUAUUAUACUCUGUGUCGAUUGUUUGUUUUUGUGUCCAGCCUCAGACAGAACAGCCGUGUAUUCUGCAUUUCUCUCAUGUGUUAACCAUGUUGUGAUACUUACGGGAAAAAACACGUCUACGGCUGCUGUAGAACACUUCUUCAAAUCUGUCAGCAGUUUCCCAAACUAUUUAUUUUUUUUACAGAGGCGGCUGAUUCAACAUCUUCCCGAUGAUGUUCUAUCAAUAAUGUUAGACUUGAACGCGGUCGUUUUAACGUCUUCUGGAGAAAGUAAAGAUGUACAAAAGUACGCGGAUUUACUCGUUGGGAACUCUUUCCUCAAAAAAUCCGGAGGGAGAAACUUUGUCGAUCUAAUUGACAUAACAGAUGAGGAUUUUCAUUCUGAAUUGCUUCCUGAACUGAUAUUAGCGCUGGUUUGCUCUUCUCAGCCACCUCUGAAUAAUUUAGUAAAUAACGAAAACAACAACAUUGAUGUGCCUUUGACUGAGAACCACUGUUUGUCACUGGUGCCAAAGAUUAAAUUUGAUAUUGAAACAGUUGAGGAUGCUGUUCUGUUGAAGAACGUGUUGCCUUUAGUAACAGCUCCUCGAAAAAUUAGAAUAAGGACUCUAUGGGAGGAGGAGGAGGAAGCAUUUGAUCAAUUGAUUGAGAGCGCGAUUAACGGAAUUAAUUUUACUGACAAUCUCCACAAGUUACAAUUUUUCGACAUCAAUACAGCAGCAAAGUGUAAAGCUUUUAUCUCUGACUCACUGCAGCAUUCUCCAAAUUUGCGUAAGCUCGACCUGUGCUUCAUCCCUUUACAUAGAGGUGUGAGUCAUUUGGCUGAGAAUCUUCAUCACGUGCCACAGUUGACGAAAUUAGUGUUGGGGAGUGUACAAAUGGGAGAAAAGGAAUGUGCGGCACUGGCUGCCUCAUUAAAGUACCUAAACAAGUUAGAAGAACUGGAUAUACGCGACAAUGCCCUGGGUCACGGGGUUAUUGAACUGGCCAAGAGCCUGAACAAUGUACCCAAUCUGACUGAGCUGGACCUGAGGAAUACAAAUAUGGGUGAAGAUGAAGCAUCAGCACUGGCCCAUGCACUAAAGUAUGUGCCACUGCUGAGAUAUCUCAAUCUAACAUACAAUCCACUUGGCCGCGGGGUCAGGGAUCUGGUCCAACAUCUCAGCAGUGUUCCUGAGCUGCCGAUUCUGUACCUGAAAGGUGUUCAGAUGACAAAGACAGAAUUUGAAGAGUUGUCUACAGCAGUAAAUGAGAGAAACGUUUAUUUAGACACCGAUUACCAUGCUGAGCUGAAAGAAACAGAAGUAAGGUUCAGAGAUGAGUCAGAUGGUGAUAAUGAUGAUGAUGAUGAUGAUGAGUCAACGCUCGGGAAAAAAGAGGAGGAGCUACUUGGGGCCAAAGAAAAAACGAUGGAAGAGGUGUCGGAAGAGAAGGAAAGUUUAGAAACCAAAGGCUCAAUGACUGAAGUGAAAAUUAGACAAGACGUUGAAGCAUCGAGCACCAUGGAAAUACCACAAGCCGAGUCCUCAACCCGGAUGAAGAGUCUGUUGUAUGCAGAAUCGGAAGAGUUAGUGUCUACUGACUGUGUUAGACCAUUUUUUUAA